UGCUCACGGGUUCGAAUCCCAGAAAACACAUAAAUGCACUGAUAUGCAUGCUGCUUUUAGCCAAAUGCAUAAAUGUAAAUACACAGGAAGAGCAUGAAUUCUAGUUGACGUAGCACAUUUAGAGAGGAAAACCUAGCAAAUGCAGCUUGUCAGCAUUUGAUGUAACUGUCAGCGAAACAGACGGGACAAGAGACGCAGAACGGAGCCGAACAGAAUGUACGCUGGUUGUUGUAUCAACUCACUUUGAGAUUGUGCGACAUUUCAGGCCUUUCCUUCUCUUUUUCUCUCUCUCGCUCCCACAGAAUGGGGGUGUGCAAGGAGGGGACGGAGCGUAUCAGAGGGGGGUCUGUCUGUCUGCGUGUGUGAAGGCACAGACGGUUCAGUAGUAAUGUGAUGUGUGUCCCGAGGGAUGUUUGAUGGAUUAAUGCUGAGCAGCUCCAUUGCGAUGUACCACCUGAUCUCACUCCCACCGUCUGCCUCUAUAAAACCUGCCUGACUGCUGAUCUCAGCUAGUCUCACAGUCUCUCCUCUCUCUGUCUGUCUGUCUCUUUCUUCCUCUCUCUCUCUUUCUCUCUCUCCUCUAUCUCUUCCUCCUCUCAACCGCCUCCGCUGCAGGCCAGGAGCUAUCCAGUGCUGAACAAGUGAAUUUUUUCUUUUUUUUUUUCAGCAGCGUAAGCGGGUGUGUGUGUGUACAGUAGCAGUCACACACACACACACACACACAGUAUUGUACCAUCAGACAUCUCUCUCCUCCUGCGUGCUCUUCAUUUUUCCUUUAUCUACAGUCGCUGUGUUUUUUUUUUUAGUUUCUGGGACGUGGAUCUUCUUUUUUUAUGUGACGGAUUUCAUUCGGGACGAUUUUCUCCAGGGUUGGUUUUUUUUUUGUGUGUUUGUGUGAGUCCGUCUGCGGCCGAUGUGAAGGAUUUCUUGUGCAUCUGUGCCCGUGCGACCGUGUGUGAACCAUGCCUCGCUCAUUUCUUGUGAAGAAAAUUAAACUGGAUGAUUUUUCCUCAUCUCCUGUGUCAGCAUCUAAUCAUCAUCAUCACCACCAUCAUCUCGAUGACUCCUUUACACGCUCUCGCUCAAGCCUGGGCGUCCGGCUCUGUGAAAAUGGCUACAUCCAAGAUUACAUCAGCUCUUCUGAGUACGCAGAGGAGAAGCAGGCCGACAUGAAACUGAGCUCGGAUCCGCUGUACUCCCCCGUCAGCAGCGGAGGAGGGGAGUACUGCCAACCGGACCUGGAACACCCAGACAGCCCUCAGUCUGGCCUCACGGCCCGCGGAUACUUCAGCAGCGAGAGCGAAUCUCUCAGCGAGGGCUACACCAUGGAUGCGUUCUUCAUAUCUGACGGCCGCUCGAGGAGGAAGGGCGAGGUCGUGGAAACAAGAAAAGUUGCUGCAGAGGAGAAAGAAGUGGCCGGGGUGAACAACGGAGGUCCACGACACACCUGCAACGAGUGUGGAAAGACCUACGCCACUUCAUCCAACCUGAGCAGACACAAGCAGACCCACCGCAGCCUCGACAGCAAGAUGGCGCGCAAGUGUCCCACCUGCGACAAGGUAUACGUGUCAAUGCCGGCGCUGGCCAUGCACAUCCUCACUCACGACCUCAAGCACAAAUGUCACGUGUGCAGUAAAGCCUUCAGUCGGCCUUGGCUGCUGCAGGGGCACAUGCGGUCGCAUACUGGGGAAAAACCCUUCGCCUGCGCCCACUGCGGGAAAGCCUUCGCCGACCGAUCCAACCUACGAGCGCACAUGCAGACACAUUCGGCCUUCAAACACUACCGCUGCAAGCGCUGCAAUAAGACCUUCGCGCUGAAGUCCUACCUGAACAAACACUACGAGUCUGCCUGCUUCAGAGGCUCCGGAGACGAGGACGAGUCUGGCUCCGAGAAUUAACAAAAGAAAAAAGAUGAAGACGAGUUAACGCUCUCAAAAAUCCCCCCCACAGACUCCCCUUCACAGAACCCCACUAUCCCUUUUUUAGAAAGCAAUAUUUUCACCAAGAAAAAAACCAAACCGACCCAAUAAUAAGAAGACAAUAAUGAAUAGAUGCUGGAUUUUUUUUCUUUGGUAACAAAAAAAAAAAAAGACCCUCUCAUAUAGACACAUACAAUUAUGAGGCCUGGCAUGCAAAUUUUUAUGAACAUAAUACUAUUAAUAAUGAUAGUAAUAAUAUUUAGAUUACUGAUGUUUUAUAGCAAAUCAUAAAAAAGACAUAAAAAAGGACAGCAACAGGUUUGUGCUUUUUGAGAAAUGAAAAUCAAUUUGUAUUUUUAUGCUGCUCUUUUAUUUUGAAUUCUUUUGCAACUGCCAACAUAAACUUUUUAUGAAAAUGUGAAUAAUGACAGUAUUUGCAAAAAACAAAACAAAAAAAAAAAGAUUGUAGACCUCUGAAAAGGUACAAACUUUUGUUACACUUUUGGUAUUUUAUUUAUAAUUGUUAUUUUUAUAUUCAAAGUUUCCUGCAGUUUCAUGGUUUCACUAUUUAUUUGUUUAUUUACUUAUUUAUUUGUGCCAAUCAUGUCCCGUAACUGUUCGAGCAGAGCGACCAUCACUAUGUGUUUUACCAUAUGGAGGAAACAGCACUCAAGACUAAACAUUUCAAUGACCAGUCACCAAACAUUCGAAACACUCACAAUACGGACUACAGGGACUUUCAACGACUUCUUUAGCAGAUCUCUGCUCGCUCUGCUGGGCUUCCUCACACUAACACAGACUGCAUGUGCUCCAGAUGCCUGGGGCUCCGCCCCUUGUCUUCCUGCUCCAUGAUUACCUCACCCAGAGGCAGGUAUGACCUCUAACCUCUGCUCUGUCAAGCUCUCAAAGUGUCCAUUAUACAAACCUCAUUUCUACCAUUCCAGUAUUGUUGUUGAGUACUUAUGUAUUUAUUUAUGCACUAUUUUCAUUUCCCUAUUUAUUUAAUGUGUAUUUAUUUAUUUAUGUAUCUAUCUAUUUAUUUAUUUAUUUGGUUGAUUAUUCUCUGUGUUAUUGGAUACUGAACUGCCGUUGACCUUUUAAGAUGCUGCUCUUUAAUGAAAAUCUUUAUAUGCAUGAUUCAGCUGUAGAGGGAUUUUAUUCUUUUUCGAGAGGGACGGUAUGCAGUGUUUAAAAGCAGAUGAAUUCAGGUGAUGAUGCUUUGUUUAAUGGGCAAUAAUUCUUCUUAGGUACAGCAACUUGUAUAAUCACAGCUGUCCUGUUAGCAGUCAAUGUAGGGCAAUAAACAGAAAUCUCCUUAAUAUCUCAAA